GAGACCUCAGCACAGUGGGCAAACUCCAGGCGAACUCUUCUCUUUUUAUGGAACAAUUCUGCAACACUGUGUGCAAAAGGAAAUUUUUAAGUUUGUGACUUGCGUAUGUGUGGACUACUCAUCACCGAAAGUGGUGCGCUCCAGAAGCGGUAAAAGCGCUGUGAUUGUGAGCUGACGGAGCCCCGGACGAAGAGGAAAAGCGUGCUCCCGUCGCGGUGUGGAGGAGCGCAGCCGCGGUUCUCCGUCUGUACACGGGGCAAGCAGGUAAUGCCCAGGAGGAGUGAAGCAGAACUCUGACGCUCCUCCGAUAGAGGGAGCUGAUCUCCAUGAGGAUUAUGCUGCAGGACAUCUCGUGAGGCUCUGAAGCCAUUCCUCCAGGGAUGGGAGCUCACUGUUGGGCUGGACCCCCAGUGCUCCUCCUGGUGCUCACUGUGGUCCGGCCCAGUGGUGUCCACUGUGAAUCAGACUCCUCUGACUUGUAUCCCACUUUUACCCACCCCGACACUCUGUUUGAGCACUUGGCCCUGCACCCGGACCCUCGUGUCGGUCGGGUUUAUGUGGGUGCCCGAAACCAUCUCUUCCAACUGGACAAAAACCUACAGGUGGAGGUCCAAGCUGACACUGGCCCAGUGACCGACAGCCAGGAGUGCCUGCCCCCUGUGACAGAGAUCACAUGUCCGCAGGCUCGAAGUACUAGCAACCACAACAAGCUGCUGCUGGUCGACCCAUACUCUGGGAACCUCAUCACCUGUGGGAGUGUCAAUCAGGGAAUCUGUCAGAAACGAAGCCUGGACUCUGUCGAUCAAAUCUUCUUCUCUACCGAAAGACCAGUAGAUACUCAAUAUGUAGCAGCCAACCAUCCCAAUGUCAGCACUGUAGGAGUAGUUGUCCGGGCCUAUCCUGACCGCCAGCCUGUUUUGUUUGUUGGACGGGGUUACACCAGCAGCCAUCCUCCCAUUUCCACCCGAAACCUUGCCCAAGGAUCUAUUUUUUCUUAUGAAGACACAGCUAAACUUGCUGUAGCUGGACGCCUCUCAGAGUACGAUCAUCAUUUUGUGGCCACAUUGCACCAACAUCAUGUAUAUUUCUUGUUCUACAGGCGAGAUCUAAAGUCUCAGUCUAGGGAAUAUCGGACAUAUGUGUCUCGAGUUUGCCUGGACGACCAGUCGUACUACUCCUAUGUAGAGGUGCCUUUAACUUGUCGCUCCAGAGCAGGGAAGGUGUACAGUCUACUGCAGGCCGUGCAACUGGGCCGCUCAGGGGGGGAUGCAGGAGGUCAGGAUGUCCUGCUGGGGGUCUUCUCCACUCAGUCGACCUCAUCACCUCGGCCCAGUGAAGACUCUGCCCUCUGUAUGUUUAACCUACGAGAUAUAGAUUCAAGGAUCAACUCCACCAGAGACCUGUGCUACACCCAGAUGGGCAAAGAGGCAGGCACAGAGGCGGCCUACAUCGAGUAUGAAGUCAAGUCCAUCUGUGCUAAUCUACCCACAAACACCCUGGAGGCAUACCCAUGUGGCUCAGACCACACCCCCAGUCCCAUGGCCAGCAGAAUCUCUGUGGAUGCUGAGACCAUCCUCGAUAGCCCCUCAGCCCGACUUACUGCUGUGGCAGUCAGUGUGAGGGCUGGGCAUGUAAUCACUUUCCUGGGUGACUCCAAAGGGAAUAUGCAUAAGGUGUUUUUGGGGCCAAACGGUGAGGUGGAGGAGUACUCCAUCAUCUCCAUCCAACAAAACACUGCCAUUAGUGCAGAUCUCAUUCUGGACCAGGCAGAGCAGCAUCUUUUCAUCAUGACUCAGAACAUGCUGCAGAAGAGACCAGUGGCUGAGUGCUGGAGGCAUGAGGACUGCCACUCCUGUCUGCUGGCCCACGACCCCUACUGCGGCUGGUGUGUCCUACAAGGAAGGUGCAUGUUACAGUCUGAAUGUGCUCGUGGACAGCAGCCUGGACAGUGGCUCUGGAGUUUUGAUAUGGAGCAACAGUGUCUCUCCAUUCAAGAGCUCAGCCCUGCCAAUGUCAGCAAGGAUGAGAGUCACAUGAUAUCCCUCUUUGUCCCGGGACUACCAGUGUUGGAGAAGGGCGAGUCCUACACAUGUUUUUUCCAGAACAGUGAAAGUCCUGCCUCUGUCAGCUCCACGGGUGUCUCAUGUCGUUCCCCACACCCCAGUCGAGUGCCUGUGGUGCCUCCAGGACAAGAUUUUGUCAAAGUGGUAUUGUCUCUGCGUUUUGGGAAUGUGACAGUCACAGAGAGGGACUUCUCGAUCUUUGACUGUCAAGCAGUGAAGCAACUGUCUGGGAGCAUGCCCUGUCGAGGGUGUGUCCUGAGCCGCUGGGGCUGUAAUUGGUGCGUUCAUCAGCACACGUGCACACACAAACCCACUUGCGAAGAGGGGGUCAUCAUUUAUAACCAGCAUUUCAAACUCCCUACAUCUCCUCCCCCCACUUCCAAAGCCCUGGAGAUCAUCACCACAGACCUGACGCCCACAUCAACAGUUGCCGUGACGACCACCACAGCUCCUAUUACUACCGCUCGGGUGCCCCCUACCACCACCUUACCCCUAACCACCACCACCCCCCUUACAACUACUACAAGUACUACAACUCCUGUCACCACUACUGCUGUUACUACUACUACUACUACUACUACUACUACUACUACUACUGCUACACCAGAGACUACUGCCAGCCCCUUCACCACAGCACCUAGCACCCAGGCUAGUAUUGCCCUUCCCCCCACCAUACCUACACCAGAGGGUCACGCUGAAGCGGCACCCACCCCCACAAAUGACAGUCCAGGUUUGGUCCCAGUUACCCAGGCUGAUGGUCAAAGUGGAGAAUUGGACCAAGUCAUGCCUUUGAUGAUCCCCCAUAUGGAACCAGAUACAGUGUCCCAGGAAAUGCUCUCAGAAGACACGCCUAUUACCCAAGAUGUUUCUGGACCACCUACCCUUGAUCCGAAUAGUUUUCCUCUACCCACACCUUUCCUUAUGGGCGCUGACGCUGACUCUGACUCUAAUGAAUUCCAAACAAGCAACCCUCCUCCACCUCCUAACCCCCCAACUGAAGGCCCCGAGGUGCUGGUGUGGUCGAAAGAAAAAGAAGAACCAGAAGACCAAAUUAAACAGGUUGAAAACGACACUGCUACAUUUUCAGCUGGGACUGUCCUGUCAGGAGAUGGAGAGAUGGAGCAUGCCCCACCACCCCCCUCCCCUCUUCUCCAGGACUCUGACUCUGAGCUGGACUAUCAGUAUGACCAAGAUGAGGGCUUUCUCCCUGGAGAUGAGGGCUCCUAUGUUAGCUGGGGGGCCUCUGCAUGCCCAUGUGUCGAGAAGAUCCAGGGCUCCUCACUGCUGCCAGUCAGUGUUAAGAGGAAGAUUACACUUUUGGCACACAAUCUGCACCUCUAUCAGGACCCUGAGCUGGAUUAUGAGUGUGUGCUGGUAAUCGAGGGUCAAACCGUGGUGGUAGAUGCCUAUGUAGAAAUGGAUGACAUAAAUCCAUCCAACUUUGAUAUCACCUGUCAGCUGCAUGAGUAUGAAUACUCAGCCCAGUUGGAGGAGUAUAAUGCCAUGGUUUAUGUGAAAAGGAGAGAUACAUUUCAUGUGGACAGUACUCCAGAUCUAUACGUGACACUGUACAACUGCUCGGUGGGGCGCUCAGACUGCAGCCGUUGCCACACUGCGGAUCAGAAGUACGGCUGUGUGUGGUGUGGGGGGGCUCAGGCCAGCUGUAUGUACUCCGACACUUGCAGCCACCUCGUAGAGAAGACCUGUCCCGCACCAGUCAUACACUCAAUUGAACCUUUGUCCGGCCUGUUGGAGGGAGGAACCAUGGUAACUAUAACUGGCUCUAACCUGGGACAGAAGCCUGAAGACAUUCUCCACUCUGUGUCUGUGGCUGAGGUUCCCUGCACGGUCAUCCCGAGUCUCUAUGAAGUCUCCUCCAGGAUUGUUUGCAAAACCAGGGCCAGUGGUGGACCGACUGCUGGCCAUGUGUCUGUCACUGUGAGUGGAGGGGAGUUCGGCCUUUCCAGCCAAAUGUUCAGUUAUCAGGAUCCUUUUGUCAUGGGUGUGUCACCUGUUAGGGGCCCUAAGGCUGGAGGAACCGUUCUCAAUGUUACCGGCCUAAACUUGCUAACAGGACGUCCAGCAGACCUCAACAUUACUGUUGGAAGAGUGCCCUGUAAAAUAGUGUCUGAGGUGCACAUGUCCAGUGUACAGUGUGAGACAGGCCCCAGUAAAGAGAUCGGAGAACAUCGGCUCACUUUGCAUUAUGGCCACAGCCAGCGCCACCUUCAUUCAACCAAGUACCUCUAUAGCCCCAAUCCCAACGUCACCCAUGCCUCACCAGCCAACAGCUUCAUGGGCGGUGGCCGGCUGAUUUAUGUGUAUGGAUACAACCUGGAUGUGGUGCAAAGGCCCCGGAUGGUGGUCACCAUCUCUCUGCUGGAAACCCCAGUCACCCAGACUAAAGCUAAGAGCCGUAGAAGGAGAAGUGGGCGAAAAAGCAGAAGUGAACCUGAUUUCAAACAGUUUGUGGGCUCCUGUGAGGUGAACUCCUCCUCUCUCAUCCUGUGCCAUUCUCCUGUGGUGGACCCCACUGUGCAAGGUUCAGAGGUCAAAGUAGAGUUUCAGUUUGAUAACCUCAGUUUUGACUUCAGCACUCUGAACAGCCAGCCUUUUAGCUAUGAGCCCAACCCCAUUCUGCAGCCCCUCAAUCAGCAGGACCCACUGAAGGUCUACCGCUACAAUCCGGGCAGCUUUAUCCAACUGGAGGGUGAGAACCUGGACCUGGCCAUGACCAAAGAUGAGGUGUUGGUGCAGGUGGGGGAGGGAGUUUGUGCAGUGAAGACUUUAACCAAAAACCACCUGUACUGUGAGCCUCCUCCUCAGCAGCCCUCGCCUGCCGCCAAUGGAAACAAAAGAGAGGGUUCUGACAGCCUACCUGAGUUCAUAGUAAGAAUGGGAAACCUGAAUUUCGCCCUGGGCAAAGUGCAGUAUGACAACCCCAGUUUGGCCACUUUCCCUUUGGAAGCCCAGAUUGGAGUGGGAGUGGGAGCUUCGAUUGUUGCUUUAAUCGUCCUCAUUAUUGUUCUCAUCUACAGGAGGAAGAGUAAACAGGCUCUGAGGGACUAUAAAAAAGUCCAGAUACAACUGGAGAACCUAGAGACUAGUGUGAGAGAUCGCUGCAAGAAGGAGUUCACAGACUUGAUGACAGAAAUGAUGGAUAUGUCGAGUGAUCUGGUGGGGUCAGGCAUCCCUUUCCUUGACUACCGCAUGUACGCAGAACGCAUUUUCUUCCCUGGCCACCGGGAGUCCCCGCUGCGACGGGACUUGGAUGUUCAGGAGAGUCGACGACAGACUGUGGAGCAGGGUCUGGUGCAGCUGUCCAAUCUCCUCAACAGCAAACUCUUCCUCACCAAGUUCAUCCACACUCUUGAAAGCCAGCGCACGUUUUCGCCUAGAGAUCGGGCUUAUGUGGCCUCUCUGCUGACAGUGUCCCUGCAUGGCAAACUGGAGUACUUCACAGACAUCCUGAAAACCCUUCUGAAUGAUCUGGUGGAGCAAUAUGUGGCCAAGAACCCAAAACUGAUGCUCCGGAGGACAGAGACUGUAGUGGAAAAACUGCUAACCAACUGGAUGUCAAUUUGUCUUUAUACUUUCCUUAGGGAUUCAGCAGGAGAACCAUUAUACAUGCUGUUCAGGGCCAUAAAGCACCAGGUGGAUAAAGGCCCAGUGGACGCCGUGACAGGAAAGGCCAAAUACACUCUUAAUGACAACCGGUUGCUAAGAGAAGAUGUUGAAUACAAAACUGUGACUCUAAAUGUGCUGGUACAGGGCAGUGGGCUCAGUGACAGCCAGCCCCUGACCUCCAAAGUGCUGGACUGUGACACCAUCACCCAGGUCAAAGAGAAGAUCCUGGACCAAGUCUUUAAGGGCACAUCCUUCUCACAUCGCCCUCAUGCUGAUUCUCUGGAUUUAGAGUGGCGAUCAGGAGUAGCCGGGCACCUGAUCUUGUCAGACGAGGACCUGACCUCAGUGGUGCAAGGCAGCUGGAAACGCCUUAACACUUUGCAGCACUAUAAAGUCCCAGAUGGGGCAACUGUCGCUCUUAUACCUCGACACACCAAGCACAUCCAUCAUGACAACCAUGAAUACGUAGCUGGAGAGAAAACUCCUAUGCUGGAGGAUGCAGAUGAAGGAGGAGUGAGAUUGUGGCACCUGGUUAAAGCCAGUGAGGAGCCAGAGCUUCCCAAACACCGCAGAGGGAGCAUGAGGGAGAGAGAGAGAGCCAAAGCUAUCCCAGAGAUCUACCUUACCAGACUACUGUCCAUGAAGGGAACAUUGCAGAAGUUUGUGGAUGAUCUAUUCAUGGUGAUCCUCAGUACCAGUCGCCCAGUUCCUCUGGCAGUCAAGUAUUUUUUUGACCUCUUGGAUGAUCAAGCAGGGCAGCACGGCAUCACCGACCCAGAGACUAUUCACAUCUGGAAGACCAACAGCCUUCCUCUGCGUUUCUGGAUCAACAUUGUGAAAAACCCUCAGUUCAUUUUUGAUGUCCAGGCUUCAGAUCAUGUGGAUGCUGUGCUUUCAGUCAUUGCUCAGACAUUCAUGGAUUCUUGUACGAUAGCUGAGCACAAACUGGGAAGGGAUUCUCCCAUUAACAAACUGCUGUAUGCCAGAGACAUUCCUCGUUACAAGCAGAUGGUUGAAAGGUACUACGCUGACAUCAGGCAGACAAUCUCAGCCAGUGACCAGGAGAUGAACUCUGCUCUUGCUGAAUUAUCGAGGAACUACUCUGGAGAGCUAAACUACCUGGUGGCACUGCAUGAACUCUACAAGUAUAUCAAUAAAUACUACGACCAGAUCAUAACAGCACUUGAGGAGGACACCACAGCCCAGAAAAUGCAGCUGGGAUACAGACUCCAGCAGAUUGCUGCUGCAGUAGAGAAUAAAGUGACAGACUUGUGACAGAAACACCUCACUGUUCUCUGCUGAAGGAGAUGGACUCUUGCGGGAUGGGAGUAUCAACGCUGAACAGGACAAUGUUCAGUGGACAGGCCAAGUAAUGGACCCUGACUAAGAAGUGGAUGUGCAAAGUGCUUUUCUCAGCAACAUUUCAUAGAUAGUGAGUCUUCCAACUGUUGCCUUACUGCAGUCUACUGUGUACAAUGUUUGGGAACCCUAAAACCCAAAUCUUUUGGUCCAUGUAGUACAUGCCCAGGUUUCUCUAUAUUUUGUUUUUAAAAGCAGAAAUGUAUUAUUUGCACUUGUUAAAAAUACUGAAUGCCCCAAAUUCUCAAGACAAAAUUGGAGCAACCUGUGUUUUCAGGUUUGUUCAGUUGCAGUUACAGCAGUGAAUGUGAAUGCAUUUCUGGCUACCAGUGGUGGAAAUGGGACGCAUAAUACCAUAAUAAAGUACAAUUACAGUAACAAAGAAAGUACUUCAAAUCUAUUAAGAAGUCAAAUGAGGCGAUCUUGAUAAAAAACUGUGCAAAUUUUACCAAAGCGACUGAACUGAAUUAAGUUUUCUUUGUUGCUCAGUGCUAGGUCUUGAACUAAAAACAGACAGGAUGCCAUUAUGAACGUACAGAUAUUGCUCUCAAAUGUAGUAAUGUAAAAGUGAAAAGUAUCCAGUGUAAAUAAUUUAUUUCAGAAAAGAUUGUACCUAAGGAAAGUACUUUUUGCUUCUUUACUUUCCACCACUGCUGGCUACUAAUGUAUAUUUUAUGGAAAUGGCAACUUUUAAAACUAAAAUAACGCAAUUUUAAAAUUAUCAUUAUGUCUUAUUUUGAAGUUAAUGUCUUCCCAUGUAAUUCUGUUAAUGUCUAUGCAGCCCUCUACCUCAGCCUCAUGCUGCAUCAUUUUUUGCAACAGUUAAAUACAUUAUUAAUUCAUUCAGCAAUAUAUUGAUCAGUUUUAACUAGCAAUACAUCUGCACAGAAAAAUGACCUGUCCUUUUGAAUGGUUGGCAUUUUUAAAAAGUAAGCCAAAAUCCCAGUGACAACUGCCAAGUUGUUUUUUUUUUUUUUGUAUUUAACAUUCCUUUUAACAAAUAUAUUUAAUGAAAUAGGGCAUUUUUGUAGGAUUUAGGGCUGCUCUGUAUUUGAAAAUAUUGUAAUAUGGCUGUUAAGUACUACAAUAUUGAUAUUAUUUUGAUAUUUUAAUAUACUUUUAACACACAACUUCAGUUACAACAAAAAGUACAUGCCUUACAUUACUAGUCAAACUUGGUCAGAAUAAAAAAAAGAUGACACAAAACCAAGACUAAAUCAAGGCAAAUUUUGGGCUAUGGAAAAUUUGCCUUUUAACAGUUUUUGUAUAAUAAAGUACAUUUCUGUCAGUACUUUGGUACACUUGCAAAAUAAUUUGUUUUGUGAAAUUGACCUAAUGUAAAUGACAAAUGAACAAAGCCGAGGUGUAUAGUGAUAAGACACUGCAAUCAGAGCCUUUGUGGCAAGCCACUGAAGUCAUCAUUAUGUAUGCCAACAGUUUAUGUAUCCAACAGACUUUGCACUAACAUUUUGCAUGUGGUGUUAUGCUUCAUCAUUAGGCUUUAUAAUGGCACCCAGUUUAUAGGCUGUAUGUAAGGAACUGAGGGACACUAAACUGCUGUAUGGCUGGAUACUAUCACAGGCUCCCAGAAACAGCUACUGUAUAUGGAUGUGUAUUUUCUGUUUAUAUUGUAUAUAGUGAUUUCAGAUGAAACUGUAGUGAUUUAACAUAAGAGAAUGUUAUUCUCACACAUUGUGAUGGAAUAAAGUAUUCUAAGUAUUGCA